AUGUGGCAGGAAGCACGCAAGCAAGAGAAACAUAUCAAGACAUUGAUGGUUGAUUAUAAGAGGAGAGCAGAGCGGAGGAGAGAUUAUUAUGAGCGCAUUAAACAAGACCCAAUCAAAUUUCUUCGCUUGUUUGGUAGAUCUUCGAAGCUUCAUCUGGAUUCCGAAGUGACGAAGGCUGCUGAAAACCCUAAUAACAUGAUGCCCUGGAUUGGAGACCCAUCUAUUAUGAUCGAUCGCUUUGAUGUACGGGCUAGCUUGGAACACUAUGACACUGGAGUAGCUGAUGAUGUCAAACUUUCGUCGACAGAAAGAAUCGAAGCCAGACUAUGUAACUACGAACGUUAUCGGUGCCUUAUUCACAAUGAAUAUGCAUCAGUCACCGAAGCAAUGGCUUUGAAACAAAUCGAAAUGGAUGAAAAGUAUGGUGAUAUGGAAAAACGACGUAAAGAAGAGGAAGAGGCUACUGUCAAAAAAGCUCAAGAAUCGAAAGCUGCUAUUGGAUUUGUUUAUGAAGAUAGUACAUGUUUUUCUGAACCUACCGUAAUCAAUACCCAACCUUCUACAUCUCAAGAUAAUAGUGAUACCGAUGAUGAAGCAGAUAGUGAUAUGGAUAUUGAUGUCGAAUUGGAUGCCAGCGCUUUAACAGCAGAGGCUCGUCGUCAAUUAGCCAAAUCAGCUGCUACAUUUGGUUUGCAUCCAUCCGAUUUUUUGCGCCUUUUGGAUGCUGACCAACAAUUGGAGGUUGAAUUACGGUUAGCCAAAGCUUUAGAAGAGGAGAAAUUGCAGUUAUCUGGUCGUAAAUCUAGACGUUCUAGACGUUUAUUAAGAGAACGUCGAGCUCAGGAGAAAUUCCCCCGGUUACUGACCACAAAGUGCGAUUGGUCUUUUAAAUGGACAACCGAUAUCCAGAAGAACUGUCUACUUAUCUGCUAG